UAUAUUCCUUUAACACAUCACAACAGAAAAAAGAAAAAAGGCCUGCAACAUGAAAAUCACAUGCAUCACAAUUUUGUUUUGGCCCCUCUCCAUGCUAUUAUUAUCAUCAGUUGAAAGCCAGACUUCUAAAACAGAAGUCAAAUGUAAUUUCUCUGAAAAGAAUUAUUCUUUGAUUCCAGCGGAUAUCAAUAAAGAUGUUACUAUACUUGAUCUCAGUUAUAAUCAAAUUACUCUGAAUGUCACAGAUACAAGGGUUCUACAGACUUAUUUUUUACUCACUGAGCUCCAUUUGGUUGAGAACAAUGUCUUUAUCUUAUAUAGUAAAAGUUUUGGUAACCUCUCCAAUCUAGAAAUUUUAAAUAUCUGUAGAAACUCCAUCCAUGUAAUUCAAAAGGAUGCUUUCGUAGGCUUAAAUAAACUAAAACAGUUACAUCUCUGUAAAAAUAAAAUAUUUCAACUGAAUCCUGAUAUAUUUGUGCCUCUAAAAAACCUGACACUUCUGAAUCUGGAAGGCAAUUUGAUAAGCUAUUUUGAUGUUCCACAACUAUUUCAUCUGGAAUUAAUAAUUUUAUAUGGAAAUCCAUGGAACUGCUCUUGUAGUCUAUUCAAUUUGCAGAAGUGGUUGAACACAUCAAAUGUGACACUAGCAAAUGAGAACAUCACCCUGUGUAGCUAUCCAGGUAUCCUGAAGAACUACAGUAUCAAAACAAUACCUUAUAAGGAUGAAUGUCAUUCGAAACUUCCUUCACCUAUAACUGAAGAUCUUUAUAUCCAUUUUAAGUCCAUUAGCAAUUCAACAUUUAACAAUUCUUUGAACUUAACAAAUUCAGAACGUGAACCUGUUGGAAAAAGUUGGACUUUUCUUGUGGGUGUUGUCAUUACUGUAUUGAUGACCUCACUCCUCAUUUUUAUUGCUAUCAAAUGCCCAAUAUGGUAUAAUUUUCUAAUUAAUUACAAUCAUCAUCGCCUGGAAGAGCAUGAAGCAGAAACCUAUGAAGACGGUUUUGCUGGCAAUCCAAGUUCUCUUUCACAGACACCAGAUACAAACUUUGAAGAAACUACAGUAAUAUUUGAACAACUGCAUUCAUUUGUAAUAGAUGAUGAUGGAUUUAUUGAAGACAAAUAUAUAGAUACCCAUGAAUUACAUGAAGAAAAUUAGUUUCUUUCAAUGUUUGAUUCUCUGAAAAAAGUUGUCAGUCCACUCACAGUUUAGAAAUGGAGAUCCUGGUAUGUGCAUACCAAUUGAGAGCUAGCAGACAUGAUAUUGUAAUUAAUAUCACAUAAAUAUCCCCAAUUUAUGUUUUUCUCAUUGUUAUUGAGCAAACAGGUUCAAAUAGCUGACACUUCUCGGUAGCUAAGAGUUACAGUUAGUCUUCAAUACUCUCAUAACUAUUCUCAGCAGUAUUCAGGAGACCAAACACUAAUACAAAGACCUAAAGUAAAUUAUUUAUUAAUUAAAAUGAAUUGAUUUGCAUAUUAAUUCAGAUAUUUGAAUGUAAUAAAUAUUAAUAUAUUAAAGUUCUAAUCAGUGAAGAAAUAAAGGUUUUUGGAUUUAUAUCAUGAGUCCAAAUGAAGAACAGUGAUGGCUUAAACUGACAAAUACUCUAGAUUGAUUUUAUAGUUCCUGAGUCAGCACAAUAAUUUACUUUAAAAUGUAGUAGCAAUUUAAAGCACAGACACAAGAUUCAGAAAUAAUCCCUAGUAAGUUAUUAAUGAUUUUGGUUAUAAAGAAAAGCUAUCAACAUGAUUGCCACAUUGAAUAGCAUGGUGGCUUCCAGAUGGAUAAGAGACCUAUCUAUGAACAUUCUUUUAAAAAAAAUGCAUAUUUUUGUCUCUCUCUGGGUGAUUUCUAGUAAAAUUGAUCCAGGAUGGGACUGUGGAAUCUUAAAUUGGUCUAUGAACAGCUGUUUGGGAUCUGGUAGUUAGUGAUACAUUUCCCAAAUUGUUUUUCUAGAAAACUUAUUUCCCAAGAGAUACUCAGAAGAAUUCCAAGGCGAAAAAGGUCCAUGGUCAAACGAAACAAGGGGUUUAAACAAAGUGAAAAGAGAUUCUUUCACAUACAAGUUUUAUGAGGCUACUAAGCAAGGCUGCUCUCUGAUUGUUCAAGAGAAAAGUACAAUAUCAAGUAUUUUCCAAAUCUAUUUGACAACAAAACCCUUUCUUCGAGGUACACCUACUAAGAGUUCAUAGCACAAUAAUGGUCCGAAGAAUAAAGUCUGGAAAACACCGGCCUUGAAACUAUAAGUAUUACAGGAAGGGUACAAAGUAAAUUAUUUGUCAAUUCCUUACAUUGAAUUAGCUACAAUCAUAAUUUUAAAAACUUAUCAAUGCAAACUCUAGCAAAAUCUGUAGUAUUUUACCUUCCAUAUGUGGGGAAAUUAAGUAUAUUUAUCCACAUCUUUUAGACAUAAGAGUAUCUUUAAAACAUUGAAACAUAAUCAUGGGUGAAAUAAUAUGAUGUCUAGGAUUUUCUUCAUCAUAUUACAGGGAAGAAAACAGUGGCUAGAGGUGUGGCUGGAGAAGGGCUGGAAAUGAGCUGAUGGUACUUGGGGUUGGGAGAUGGGUACACCGGGGUAUAUUACACCACUCUGUUUUUCUAGAUGUUCAAAUUUCUCUAUUAUAAUGUUUUUAAAAUGUGUAUUUACUUAAUGAUAUAUUAGAGAAGAAAUUUUAAAUGUAGAUCUAUUUCAUAAAUGGCAGAACAGCUAUUAAAAAGUCAUGUAUGUAUGGAUGAUUGUAUGGUGUGUGAAUGUAUUUCAAUAAAACUGAAUUUAAUAAUAAAAAAAAAGUCAUGUAUGUAAUAGUAAAUUUAGUCUAAGUGUCUACUGAGGGAAAAUAAAGAAACAGUUUAAGACGAUAAGCCCUCUAAAAUAGAAGAAAUAACUCAUAUUUAUAAUGCAUAUUGCUUGUAUUUAUAGAAACAUGUUUUCAAUAAAGGACAUAAAUAAUGCUUUGUCU